AUGGUUCGAAUUCUAGAUAUCAGUGACUUAAGUACACACAGCCGACAUGUUGAUCAAAUACAAUUCCAGCAACCAGGUGAGUCUGUUCCAAUUUCGGUUGUCAAUUCUAAUACUAAUGAGUGCAUUCUAGAUAUUACAAAGUUUUUAUCCAAUACAAUGUCGGACAGAGACAGGAUGAACUUAAGAUGUACAAUCGAUUACAGACACUUAGACUCCAAUUCAAGCUGUGGUGGAUAUGGU